GCUCGAGCGCUCUCAUUUCUCUCGGUACUACCAACCGGCGAGCAGCUGAAGUCUGAAGUCUGAGAAAAGACAGAUUCAAACUUAAACUACUAACUCAGAUAGACAGAUAAACAACAAAAAAGCGCGUCUGCUUUGUUGAACCUUUUGGUGAAAGUGCCAAAAACAACAUAAAACGAGAACAAUGAGUGCCACGACCGCUAUGGAAGUGAACGCCGAAGCCAGACGGAUCCUGGCGGUGUCGAUAAGCAAGCUGUACGCCUCCAGGACGCAGAGAGGCGGGCUGAGACUCCACCGGAGCCUGCUGCUCUCUCUGGUCAUGAGGUCCGCCCGGGAUAUCUACCACUCCUCCCGGGAGAGCGAGCUGCUGAGCGGCGCGGAGGAACCAACAACAGAGGAGAUGAUGGACACGAGCUCGAGCGCGGCGGGAAAACCAACCGUGCUCGAGCCUCAGCCGUUGAACUCCGCCGAGGAGCCGGACAGUGACAGUGAUGGUGACUGUGAGGAUGACGGAGAGAUCACAGAGGACAAAGAGAACAUGAGCCCGGCGGCGAGGCAGUCCAGGAAGCGCCGCGGCAAGGCGUCGGCGGCGCCUGACUUCCUCCCGAGCAAGAGGGCGAGGCUGGAGCCCGGAGAGGAGCGGUAUGCGGCGGCGCUGAGCAGCUGUCGAGCCGCGGUCGGAGCCGGAGACUCGCUCAGCGCUUUGUCUCUAAACCGCGUCAUACCUGCCUUCUGAACAAAAUGGAGGGAGAGAGAAAUAAGCCUCCAAUGGGACUUUGGAAGAGUGAUUCUGAACUAAAAAGGGCGGCUGGUUUGACCCCCCCUUUUUGACCUACAUCGGCGUGGUCCCGGGACCUGACAGAGGGAUUUACCGGGACCAGGGUGCGAGCUCUCCGGUCGAUCUGCCGGGCUUUGUGUUGAGAAGCCCCGCAAACAGAGACUGAGACGGAGAAUGAACUGAAGCCGAAGCGGGCCCUGAAGGCAGCUUUACGCGCAAGGGCCGCCGGGAAAAGUUUGAGAAAGAAGAAGAAGCAGAAACCUGAAGGAGGAACUCUGGUUGCAUUCUGGUUUCUCGGUGGUGAUUCACCUUCAGUAGAAAAUGAGUCCUAACAAGUGACUGUCGCUGACUCAAAGCGUGUGUGAAUCAGCAGAGAAAGAGAGACAUGAGUCAGUCAACGGCUCACCACAAACACACACACACACAC